CCGGGUCGACCACAUUGUGCAAGGCUUAACAUCACGAAUCUGAUGAUUGUGGGAACGCAUAUGGUUGUUUGAGCUAGCUCGUGUUGCAGCUAGCACUCAUGGAAGGAGCCAUCCCCAGCCGGCCAAACACGAGGGUCGCCGUCGUCACCGGCGGGAACAAGGGGAUCGGCUUCGAGGUGUGCCGGCAGCUAGCCAGCGACGGAGGAGUCACGGUCGUCCUGACGGCCCGGGACGAGACGAGGGGCACGGAGGCGGUCGAGAAGCUCAGAACGCUGGGGCUCACCGACGCCAACGUCGUCUUCCAUCAGCUGGACAUCACGGACGCUUCGAGCAUCGCCACGCUAGCCGAUUUCCUCAAGACCCGUUUCGGGAAGCUGGACAUCCUGGUGAACAAUGCUGCAAUCGCCGGGGUUGAGUACCCCCAAGAUGUGGAUACCAACGAGGAAAAGUUCGCUGGCAUGGAUAUCAAGCAGAGACUUGACUGGAUGAUAAAGACUGUCCGGGAGCCCAUCGGCGCCGCAAAGAAAGCCGUGGAGACGAACUACUACGGCACCAAGCAUGUCACCCAAGCCCUGCUGCCUCUGCUGCUGCAAUCUUCCUCUUCCUCCCAGGGCAAAAUAGUGUGCGUCUCCUCCGACUAUGGGCUGCUCAAGCUUAUCGGCGACGAGGAGAUCAGGCGGGACCUCGACGACAUCGACAACCUGACGGAGGAGAGGGUGGACGAGGUGCUGGACAAGUUCCUGAGCGACUUCGAGGCCGGCGCGCUGGAGGCGCGCGGGUGGCCCACGGGCUUCUCGGCGUCCAAGGUGACCCUGGUCGCCACGAACGCGUUCGCGAGGCUCAUGGCGAGGCGGCACCCCACGCUGCGCGUCAACUGCGCGGAUCCGGGCUACGUCAAGACGGACAUGACCAUGGGCUCCGGCGUCCUCACGCCCGAGGAGGGAGCGCGCAGCGUCGUCGGGGUGGCGCUGCUGCCCGACGGUGGCCCGACCGGCAAGUACUUCACCAAGGGCCGGGAGGCGUCGUUCGUGUGAGCUAGGUACCUACCGGCUGGCGGUGCGUGCACGUACGGUCCGCCGUGAGCUAGCUCGCCGGUCGCUGGCUGCGUGUGUUACUACGUGAUUUGAGACUGAGAAUAACGGAAGGGAUUUGGCAUUUCCUUGGAAUGAAUAAUAAGUUGAUAGAUGCAUUGUGUACCCCGCUACAUCGGAAAAUAAUAAAGGAUGAUGGAAGCUUUGCAGUAAAUUCUACUUGCG